GACAAUGAAAACAAACUGCAUUCGAGUAUAGACCGCGCCAUGGUUCGGAUAUUUGGCGCGCUGGCAUGAGAUAAUUCCAAUUUGCGCGGGAAAUCGUCGUCUAUCAAUUUUUUUUUUUCGUUUUGGGCACUGACAUUUUAAAAUCGAGUGCUAAAAAAGUGAAAACCUUUUGUUGACUGUUUUUAUUCACAAAAUUAAGGGAACUGAAUUUUUUUAAUUGUGCUUUAAAUAUGACUAUCUAUGGAAAAUUAGUUCAAAUAAUUUUAAUCAGUGUUUGAUUCUUUUGUGAAUCAGCAGACAUCAAGAUUCAGGACAUUUAAGUUUCUUUGUACUUCAAGCGAAGAGUGAACGGGUACCUUCUAGGGAAGCGCGCUCCAUCUUCUCCAUCAGGCGAGAUCGCGGUCAAGCGCUUCCCUAUAACACAAUAAAAAAAAUAAAAAAGUGACUAUGGCAGAUGGUAUAGAAGCCGGGGCUGGGCUGGCGUGGCGCCUGCUGGCCACGCUCGAAGGAGGCUCCUUAUUACUGGCCACAUCAGCUCUAAUCGCUUAUACAGCUAGAGCCAGAGUCAAGAAGCACAAACGACGCAGGGACGUCAAGACUGUACUUGUAACAAACACAACAAACUCUCUUGGCAAGGAAGUGAAGCGACGUCUGGAGGCGUGCGGUUGUAUAGUGCACACGUUACCGGGAGACGCGACGAGCGAGUCUCGCGUGGAUGCUCUGCUGGUUAUCGGCGCGGAAACACGACCCGGCUUGGAAGGCAUCGCUAAAUUGGUUUCAAAUGACGUUUAUGAUAAUUUAAAGUUACUGGAAUCACUAUCACAUUUAGUGCAACGUGGUGGAUGUAUUGCCUGGGCGUCAGCGGGUGCCCUGGACGACGUUUACAGUGAAGCGACGCGCGCGUUCGACGCAGUGCUUCGAGCUAGCUUGAACUACGUCGCUAAAAAAUCUCGCUGCGAAGCCAUUUGGAUCAACAAAGAUGAAAGCAUAGAGCGGGUAGCGGAAAACAUAAUCGCAGCUCUUGUGCCGUGUGAUACGAGGCAAAGUACAGAUGUGCAAACUUACCCUUUAAGGAAUAUUGCAGUACAAAUAAGCAAGUUUUUUGGGCGAUGGUUUAAAAUAAUAAUGUAGCUGGAAAAGGGAAACAUCUUGUAAUCCAUCGGAUGAAAUAAUGUAUAAUAAAUUAUGUACAUAGCACACAAACAUGUUUUAUAUAAUUAGCAAUAAAUAAAAAUUUAAAAAUUA